AUGGAAGAGUAACAGCUAUAAAAUAAUUAAUAAAAUUAGUUAAGAUAUGCUGCAGUUGGAAUGCAGGGCUGGCGUCGCUCUAUGGAGGAUUCUCAUAUAGCUAAUUUAGAUAUCGGAGAUGGAGUCUCAAUAUUCGGAGUAUUUGAUGGUCAUGGAGGUAUGAAUUUUUCAUACGAUAAAAUAUUUCUAGGAAGUGAAGUAGCAUUGUUUGUUAAAAAUCACUUUAUUAAAGAACUUAAGAAGCUUGAGAGCUUCAAAAAGAAGGAUUAUAGAGUGAGUUUAUAGGAAGCAUUUUUGAAAAUGGAUACUAUGAUGCUUGGUAAAGAAGGAAAGAAGGAGUUAUUGAAAUUAGCGAAGAAUUCAGCACAUCAAGAUCCAAAUGGAGGUGGAAUUGAUAUGAAUGGAGCUCAAUAUGAUUAAUCAUACGCAGGAUGUACUGCAAAUGUUGUAAUGAUAACUAAAACCGAGAUAUUAUGCGCAAAUGCUGGGGAUUCAAGAUCGGUAUUAUCCAAAAAAGGAAAAUGCAAAGACUUAUCUAUUGAUCAUAAACCUGAUAACCCAGGUGAGAAAAGAAGAAUCGAAAGAGCAAACGGAUUUGUGCAGGAGAGUAGAGUUAAUGGUAUGUUAGCACUUUCGAGGGCUAUUGGGGACUUUGAAUACAAAGGAAAUCCAAUUUUGAAAGCAGAAGAUUAAAUUAUUACAGCAUUCCCAGAAAUAACAGUUGAAAAAAUUACUAAUGACUCAGAUUUCAUCAUUUGCGCGUGCGAUGGGAUAUGGGAUUGCUUAAGCUCUCAAGAAGCAGUAAAUUAUGUUGCAGAAAAUCUUAAGAAAAAGAAAGGUAAAGAUAGCCUUGGAUCAUUGGUUGAGUAGAUGCUAGAUAGUAUUUGUGCAUCUGAUGUUGCUUCAAGUGGUGGAGUCGGAUGCGACAACAUGACUUGCCUUAUUGUAGAAUUCAAGAAGUGA